AUGUUGUCUAGUGGAAGAAGUGCGUUUCUGUGCCUGGGAAUGGUCUUGAGCUUUUGGAGCUCCGCGAGUUGGAUGCCUGUUGGAGGAUGCCCGCAUAAAUGUACGUGUAUUGCUUCCAACGUGGAUUGUCAUGGACUAGGACUCAAAACUGUACCGAGGGAUAUUCCCAGGAAUGCGGAGAGACUUGAUCUAGAAAAAAAUAAUAUCACAAGAAUCACGAAGACAGACUUCACGGGACUGAAGAAUCUCCGUGUCUUACACUUGGAAGAAAAUCAGAUUAGUGUGAUAGAACGUGGAGCAUUUCAGGAUCUAAAACAACUUGAACGGCUGCGUCUGAACAAGAAUAAAUUGCAAGUUCUUCCAGAGCUGCUUUUUCAGAACACACAGAAGUUAACUAGAUUAGACCUGAGUGAAAACCAGAUAAAAGGAAUCCCUAGAAAGGCCUUUCGAGGAAUCAUUGAUGUGAAGAACUUGCAACUGGACAACAACCAGAUCAGCUGCAUCGAAGAUGGAGCCUUCCGAGCCCUGCGCGACCUGGAGAUCCUUACUCUCAACAAUAACAACAUCACCCGCAUUCCUGUUACCAGUUUCAAUCACAUGCCAAAGAUCAGGACUCUGCGGCUUCACUCCAACUUCCUGCACUGCGACUGCCACCUGGCCUGGCUGUCUGACUGGCUGCGGCAGAGGCGCACCAUCGGGCAGUUCACCUUCUGCUUGGCACCUGUCAGCCUGCGGGGUUUUCUUGUGGCGGAGGUGCAGAAGAAGGACUUCGUCUGCUCUGGUUCCCAGUCUGAACCUCCGUCGUGCAGUGCCAGUUCCAUCACUUGCCCAUCUGCCUGCACCUGCAGCAACAAUGUAGUGGAUUGUCGAGGAAGGGGCUUAACAGAAAUUCCGGCUAACCUACCAGAGGACAUUUGGGAAAUACGUUUGGAACAAAACCUCAUCAAAAUCAUUACCCCUGGAGCUUUUACCCAGUACAAGAAGCUUAAGAGAAUAGACAUCAGCAAGAAUCAAAUAACUGACAUUGCGGCUGAUGCAUUCAAAGGCUUGAAAUCUCUCAUUUCAUUAGUGCUCUAUGGAAACAAGAUCACAGAGAUUCCCCAGGGCCUUUUUGAUGAUCUUGUGUCUCUGCAGCUGCUGCUUCUCAAUGCCAAUAAGAUCAACUGCCUGAGGGUAAACACGUUCCAAGGUCUGCAUAAUCUCAAACUGCUAUCUCUUUAUGACAACAAACUGCAGACCAUCAGCAAGGGGCUCUUUGCACCUCUCCGAUCGAUCCAGACUCUACAUUUAGCUCAGAAUCCAUUUGUGUGCGACUGCCAUUUGAAGUGGCUGGCUGAUUACCUGCAGGAUAAUCCGAUAGAAACCAGCGGCGCUCGAUGCAGCAAUCCGCGUCGCCUUGCCAACAAACGAAUCAGCCAGAUCAAGAGCAAGAAGUUCCGCUGCUCAGGGUCAGAGGACUACAGAAGUAAAUUCACCGGGAAGUGUUUCAUGGACCUUGUCUGUCCUGAGAAGUGUCGCUGCGAGGGAACAAUUGUAGACUGCUCUAACCAAAAACUCACCCGAUUACCCAGCCACCUUCCUGAAUAUACUACUGAUCUGCGUUUGAAUGACAAUGAUAUUUCUGUUUUGGAAGCUAUCGGACUCUUCAAGAAAUUGCCCAACCUCAGAAAAAUAAAUCUCAGCAACAAUAAGAUCAAGGAGAUCCGAGAAGGCGCAUUUGAUGGAGCUUCAGGAGUGCAGGAACUGAUUCUGACAGAGAAUCAACUAGAAUCAGUGCAUGGCCGAAUGUUUAGAGGCCUCACAGGGCUAAAGACACUGAUGCUGAGGAGCAACUCUAUCAGCUGUAUAAACAAUGACACCUUUGCUGGACUGAGCUCAGUGAGGCUUCUUUCUCUGUAUGACAAUCACAUCAGCACUAUCACCCCUGGAGCCUUCAGCACAUUAGUCUCUUUGUCUACAAUUAAUUUGCUGGCUAACUCCUUUAAUUGUAACUGUCAUUUGGCCUGGCUGGGGAAAUGGUUGAGGAAAAAGAGAAUUGUCAGUGGAAAUCCACGCUGCUUGAAACCCUUUUUCUUAAAGGAUAUUCCAAUCCAAGAUGUAGAUGUCCAGGACUUCACCUGCGAUGGUAACGAUGAAAGCAGCUGCUUGCUUUCACCCCCUUGUCCUUCCCAGUGUACCUGUGUGGACUCAGUGGUACGUUGCAGCAACAAAGGGCUGCGGAUAUUGCCCAAAGGAAUUCCCAAAGACGUGACUGAGCUAUACCUGGAAGGAAACCAUCUGACUGCUGUGCCGAAGGGGCUCUCCGCCUUCAGACACCUGACACUGAUUGAUUUGAGCAACAACAGCAUAAGCGUACUGGCCAAUUACACCUUCAGCAACAUGACCCAGUUAUCAACACUCAUCUUGAGUUACAAUCGACUUCGGUGCAUUCCAGUCCACGCGUUCAAUGGGCUCAGGUCUCUUCGAGUGCUGACGCUCCAUGGAAACGAUAUUUCCAGUGUUCCUGAAGGUUCUUUCAAUGACCUGGUAUCCCUGUCCCAUCUGGCUCUGGGUACCAACCCUUUGCACUGCGACUGCAACCUCCGCUGGCUUUCCGAGUGGGUGAAGGCAGGGUACAAAGAGCCAGGGAUAGCCCGCUGCAGCGGACCCGACGCCAUGGUGGACAGGCUGCUCCUCACAACGCCGACUCACCACUUCCAGUGCAAAGAGCCAGUAGAUAUCAGUGUUGUGUCCAAGUGUAACCCCUGCCUCUCCAGUCCAUGUAAGAACAACGGGACGUGCAACAAUGAUCCAGUGGAGUUUUAUCAAUGCACUUGCCCUUUUGGCUUCAAGGGUCGAGACUGCAGUGUGCCCAUUAAUUCUUGCAUUCAAAAUCCCUGUCAGAAUGGAGGGACCUGCCACCUCACCGAGGCAAAUAAAGAUGGAUUCAGCUGUUCUUGUGUCCUUGGGUAUGAGGGGGAGAGGUGUGAAAUAAACCCAGAUGACUGCGAGGAUAAUGACUGUGAGAAUAACUCUACAUGUGUGGAUGGGAUCAACAACUAUGUCUGUCUCUGCCCUCCUAAUUAUACAGGUGAACUGUGUGAUGAGGUGAUUAACCACUGUGUUCCUGAUCUAAAUCCGUGCCAGCAUGAGUCCAAAUGUCUUCCCCUUGACAAAGGAACCAGAUGUGAGUGCUUGCCGGGUUACAGUGGAAAACACUGUGAAAUAGAUGAUGAUGACUGCGUGGGCCAUAAGUGUCGCCAUGGAGCUGUCUGCGUAGAUGCAGUCAAUGGCUACACCUGCGUCUGUCCUCAGGGUUUCAGUGGACUUUUCUGUGAAACUCCUCCGCCGAUGGUUCUGCUCCAGACGAGCCCGUGUGAUAACUACGAGUGCCAGAAUGGGGCCCAGUGCAUCGUCGUGCACCAUGAGCCUGUCUGCCGCUGCCUCGCUGGCUUUGCUGGGCAGAAGUGCGAGAAGCUCAUCACAGUCAACUUUGUUGGGAAGGAUUCCUAUGUGGAGCUGCCAUCAGCCAAAAUUCGCCCUCAAGCAAACAUCUCUCUCCAGGUAGCAACGGACAAGGACAAUGGCAUCUUAUUAUACAAAGGAGACAAUGAUCCUUUGGCUCUGGAGUUGUACCAAGGACACGUGAGGCUCAUCUACGACACGCUGAAUUCUCCACCUACCACAGUAUACAGUGUGGAAACAGUAAAUGAUGGGCAGUUUCAUAGUGUGGAGCUCGUGAUGCUGAAUCAAACGCUGAACCUGGUGGUGGACAAGGGGACUCCCAAGAGUCUAGGAAAACUCCAGAAACAGUCUUCUGUCAGCCUCAACACGCCCCUCUACAUUGGAGGGAUCCCGACCUCUACUGGAUUAUCUUCACUGCGCCAGGGUGCAGAUAAGACACCAAAUGGUUUUCAUGGAUGCAUUCACGAUGUCCGCAUCAAUAACGAGCUGCAGGAUUUCAAGGAUUUACCCCAGCAGUCACUAGGAGUCCUUCCUGGCUGCAAAUCCUGUAACAUCUGCAAGCACGGUAUUUGCCGGUCCCUAGAGAAAACAAGCGUGAUCUGUGAAUGUCACCCAGGCUGGACGGGCCCCCUGUGUGACCAGGAAAUUGGAGACCCAUGUCUUAACCACAAGUGUCUGCAUGGCAAGUGCAUGGUGGCCAACGUUGCUUACACCUGUAAGUGCAUGGAGGGCUACACAGGCAUGUACUGCGACAAGAAGAACAAUUCCUCAAAUCCCUGCAGGCUUUUGAAGUGCAACUACGGGCAGUGUAAAAUUUCCGAGCACGGGGAACCCUACUGCGAAUGCGACCCUAACUAUAGCGGAGAACAUUGCGACAGAGAGAAUCUCUGCCAAGGAGAGAUAAUUCGAGAAGUAGUCCGUAAGCAGCAGGGCUACACGUCGUGUGCCACUGCCUCCAAAGUACCGCGCCUGGAAUGCCGCGGCAGCUGCGGCAGCGGGCAGUGCUGCGUUCCGCUCCGGAGCAAAAGGCGGAAAUACUUCUUCCAGUGCGUGGACGGCUCCACCUUCACGGAAGAACUGGAGAGACAUGUGGAAUGCGGCUGCUCAAAGUGCUUAUAAGCCAUUCUCCAGUCCCUUGCCACUUUAACCGACUCAGAAGCGCUAUCAAAAUGGGACCUAUUUACUUUCAGAGUGAAGAAGAAGAAAAGAAUUAUUAAGUAUAUUGUAAAAUAAACAAAAAAUAGAACUUAUUUUUAUUAUGGAAAGUGACUAUUUUCAUCUUUUAUUAUAUAAAGUAUCGCACCACUUUGGGUAUAUGUAUCAUAUAGUGAGUUAUUUUUACCAUGAAACUUUUUUAACAGUUGUAAGAAAAA